AUGAAUAGGGUCAGCGGGUAAUCAUGAAAAUGCUUAAAAAAAUUCCAUAUGAGGACAAGAAUUGCAUUAUUGUGGACUUUUUUAGAAGGGAGCGUUGAAGCACAUUGUGACGAGAACAUGCUUCCAUCCUGGCGCCAGCACACAAGUUCCCAUGCAGGUUCCUUCUGUCUUUCAUAUAAAUUCAAAAUCUAAUAAAAAAGAAAAUGUUUUAGGCGAGAGAAUCGGAGAAGAAAUUUAUAAGGAAAUCUUGAAUUAUCAAUGAAACUAUGCGCGCCCUCAUUUGCAUAUUUCUCAUGUCUUUCAUUUUUUGAAAUUUUUUCUUUGAAUAUUUAAUGCAUUGAAGAAUUAAGGAGUUUUGGUUGAAUUAAAAGAAAAGAAAAGAAUCAUUGGCUAACUUUGUUUUUGAUUGUUUAAACGAGAGGAAAUAUUAACAGAAACAGUGGUUGAUGGUGAUUUUUCACUGAUUCGUAGGAGUUCCCAUCCCUAUCUCUCUCAAUUAGACCUUGUGCGAAAAGACUUAGGCAGUUUGUUCAUGAUGGGAAAUAGUGAAGUGAACAGUUUGAGAACACUGCACGAAAAAAAUACAAAAAAAAUGAGUUUAAAAAAAUGAGGAAUCUCAGGCAAACGCACAACUGACGGGAUGGCAGAUGAUCGCUCGUUUAUCCAAAUUUGUCUGGCCGAAAGGCAAUCCUGCGAUCAAGCGCCGAGUUCUCUUAGCACUGUCUCUUCUUUUCGGUGCAAAGGUUUCUAAUUUUCAGAAAACCUUUUUUUUUUCGAUUGAUUGAAAAGACAAGCAACAGAAGGAAAUUUCAGCUCGCCAAUGUCUCUGUUCCAUACUUGUUCCGCGAUAUCGUCAAUUAUUACAACGGAAAAGCGCCCGAAUUCCUGAAAUUGACGCUAGAUGGAAGCGCUUCUCAGACUCUGUUCACCGCAGGCGUUUCUAUCAUUAUCGCCUGUUCGUUUGAAAAAAUCAUGUCCGAAGCUCCCAGAGAAAAUAGAAUCUUUGUGGAUGUCUGAAAAAAAUCUUUCUUGUUGUGAAAAAAUGUCAUUUUUGGGUUUUAGACGGAAUAGCACGAGCAACUUCUUCGCUUUUCAAUGAGCUGCGGAACGCGGUUUUCGCCAAGGUCUGCUCUCUUAUGAAUCAGCGAAUUGGAGCAUCCCACAGGUGGCACAACACUCAAUACGACAAAUCGCUCGCAACAUCUUCCUCCAUUUGCACUCGUUGGAUCUUUCUUUCCAUCUGAAUCGUCAGACAGGGGCGCUGUCCAAAGCCAUCGGUCUAUUGAUUUCCUUUUUUUUGUUAUCAACAAAUGAUUUAGAUCGAGGGACGCGUGGAAUGAGUUUUGUACUCUCUUCUCUAAUUUUCAACAUUGUACCUACAGCCGUCGAAAUCGGAAUGGUUAUAUUCUUUUCAAACAAUCAGUAAAACGAAUAACAAACUUUUAAGGUUUCUGCUCUCAUGACCGCAUCUCUAGGAAGCGAUUUCGCAUACAUGACUGUCGGAAGCAUAGGAAUGUACGGCGUCGCAACUCUGGCCAUAACUAGGUUUUUUUCUAUCAACUCUGAAUGAUUUUCAACCAGUGUUCCUUUUUUCCCUAGUAGAUUCGCUUCAUAUAAAGAUAGUGCGGGAAUUCUAUUGAAAUAGUUUCAAUUGGUUAGAGAGGCCGUUCAAGUUUUCUUUUCAGAAAAUAUUUCUACUUCCGUCUUUUUUUCUGUGGUGGUAAACCUAUGAACUAUAGUCGUCAUCUCAAGCCGUUCAAUCUUUUUUCAACAGUUGACUAAACAAGUUGUCUGCUCAACAACAACCAGACUGCUCAAAAAUGAAAUAAAAUAAUUUUUUGAGAGGUCAAAUUCAAACAUUUUGAAAUUGACCUCUUAAAGUCAAAAUUUGAAAUCGAAAAUUUUAAACAGUUUACGACUAUACUCAUGCCGCCUACUCAAAAUGAUCUUUCUAUAAUUUUUUCCUGAAGUAGCUUGAGGAACACUUCGUCUUAAAAUGAAAGCUCACUGCAAUAGAUGGCGAACGCGGUUUCGACACGAGAUGAACCAGGCAGAUAAUGACGCCGGCAACAAGGCGGUCGAUUCUUUGAUCAAUUACGAGACCGUCAAAUACUUCAAUAACGAAAAGUUCGAGGCCGAUCGCUACGAUCAUUUUUUGAAAAAGGUUUAUUCGCAUCUUGUCCGACACCAUUUAAUGUUCUGUUUCAUGCAUUUUUCAAAUUUCUUUCAGCCUUUUUUAUUUGAUUUUCUUUUCGGUUUUUUGUACAAUUUUUUUUUAGUUUUACAACUGAACCACUUAUCGAAGUUCAUGAGUUGGAAUAUUUCAUGAAAAACACGUAGAUUAAAAGAAAACGGAAUAAUUUUCGCAAAUGAUUAAUGCCGUGUUCAAUUUGAUUCCGCGAAAUGCAAAAUGAUCUCUGACUCUCCAAAAUCUAGUGAUCUUUUCCUUUCUCUAACGGGUAUUUUGCAUUUCGCGGAAUCAAAUUGAACACGGAAUUAAAUUUCAACCGGCCUUUCCUAAAAGAGUCUCCGACAUUCUUGCAUUUGCUUAGUUCUUGCCUUGGCAAAAGUCCAUUUUAGGGUUCUACGACAAGAGCGAGUUUUCCAUUUGCGAGGAGUACUGUAUGCGGAUAUGCGCAUUGCGUGCAUACACUUUGCGUGUUUACACUUUCGUUCCGUGACGUCACCGGGUCGGACAUCUCCGGGUUUUUUUUCCGAGUUUUUUUUUUCGAAUUUUUUUCGAUUUUUUUUUUCUUGUUACUGUUUUUUAUGCCGUGUUCAAUUUGAUUCCGCGAAAUGCAAAAUACUGCGAAAUACCCGUUAGAGAAAGGAAAAGAUCUCUAAAUUUUGGAGAGUCAGAGAUCAUUUUGCAUUUCGCGGAAUCAAAUUGAACACGGCAUUAUCGUGCAAAUUUCAUCGAGAAAAAUGCAAAUCUUGCAAAAAAAGCAAAAAAAAAGUUGAAAAAUAUUCGAAAAAAAAACUCGGAAAAAAAACCCGGAGAUGUCCGACCCGGUGACGUCACGCAAGUGUAAACACGCAGAGUGUAUGCACUCAAUGCGCAUAUCCGCAUACAGUACUCCCCGCAAAUGGAAAACUCGCUCUUGUCGUAGCACCCAUUUUAGUUGCCGAAUCAUCCAUAAAAACUUUCAUUUGACUGUUCUCGAGGCGAUUUGAGAAGUAUGCGUUCACUUUAAGAGCUUGGCAUUGUGAAAUUUUUCAGUACGAGAAAGCUUCGUUGAAGACGACUUCUUCCCUGGCGUUUCUCAACUUCUCCCAAAACACCAUAUUCUCUGCUGGUCUUAUUGGUGUCAUGUGUUUGGCCGCAAAUCGGAUAGCCACUGGUGAUUCGGAAUUUUUCAAGUAUUUAUUAUCUCUUAGAGCUAAUUUUAUCCGAGAAAUGUGAAAAUGAGUGAAAUUCUCUAUUUUUUGCCUCAAAAAAAAUUAAGUGUACCUUAUAAUGAACUCAGAAUGGUUCUUGUUGGAAAAAAUUUUGAUAGAUUCACCGCUUCGGAAAGGUACUAGGCUUCACUUCAAGCUUCUAAAUUCGGUGGUAUGAAAAAAACACCAGCGAAAAUUCAAACGGCGACUUUUCCGAUUUUUUCAUAUCGCUAGGGAACUUUCCGACGGCCACCUUUCCGAAAAAUCUUUUUCCGACUUUUUUUCUCAAUAAAAUCUUCGUUUUAAAUCUUCCUAUAUAAAGUAGGCAAGUUAUUCAUUAUUAAAAACACAAAAAAAUGGGGAAAAAAAUGUUCAUAGAUGUUUUAAAAACUGAAAAACUAUAAAGGGAAAAAAAGUCGGAAAAAAAGUUUCGUCGGAAAGGUGGCCGUCGGAAAGUUCCCUAGCGAAAUGAAAAAAUCGGAAAAGUCGCCGUUUGAAUUUUCGCUGGUCUUUUUUUUCAUACCACCCUAAAUUCUCUAUUUUUUUGAUUUAAAUAAUUCAAAAAAAUUUUUUUAAAUUGUUUAUAUUUUGUUUUCGAAUAAGUGGGAUUAAAAAAAUCUAAUAGCCAUUAGCGACGCGUAUAAUUGUUUUUUUCGAGACAAAAAAAAAACAUUUUUGGACAUCGUCCUAUAUAAUCUUGUUUUUUUUUUCGCUCUAACUUAUGCCAUUCCUUCAGACAAUGUGGAAAUCCAUGUAAAUUAAAAACUGAUACACUCUUCUAAUUUUACGUUCAAGCGCUUUCCGAAAUUAAAAAUUUUUUUCCAAGUGUAAUAUACGCAAUUAAUUGAAAAAGUAUAUUCGUUUAUUUUACCGUUUUUGAUAAUUUAUAAGUUUCAAGGAGAGUUCACCAUCGGCGAUCUUGUACUGGCCAACACUUUGUUGUUCCAAUUGUCCAUACCUCUUAACUUCUUGGGUUCGUCGAUUUUCCUAAACAGAAUUUGAUUAUGAACUCGGCCCUUCAGGUUCUGUGUACCGAGAAGUGCGACAAGGGCUCGUCGACAUGAACACGAUGUUUUCUUUGUUGACUCUACAGCCAAAAAUCGUUGAGGCGCAGGACGCCAAAACGCUUCUCAUCAAGGGCAACGACAUUAACAUCAAGGUUCUCUCGAGAAAAUCUUUCUGGCCAUGGACGCAACUGAAAUGAUAUCAGCAGGAAAAAUCCCUUGAGAAAAAUUAGAAUUGGCGAAAAUUAGAGAUGAAAAAUGGAAAAAUUAUAGUUCUUUUUUUCGGUCUCAUUGAAGAAGUCAUUUAGCCUUCUAACUACUGUAGGGCUAUUUCAAUGUUCGUUCAAUUCUUCUCAAAUUGCAUUGUUUGAAAAUGUUUAUUUCUUGGAAUUCAGAAUUGAAGAAUUGUACUUCGAACUCACAUGUACAGGCAAAAAGCCCAACGUGGAAUUUCUGGCCUUUUUGAGUUGGAAAAUUUAUCUCAAGAAAAGUAGGAAUUUCAACGAUAAUUUUUUUAAUUUUAGUUCGACAACGUACAUUUCUCCUAUUUGGAGCAAAAACCUAUCCUACAAGGACUAACGAUGGAAAUUCCGGCGGGCAAGAAAGUCGCCAUUGUUGGCGGUAGUGGAUCUGGGUUUUUUUGGUUUUUUUUUUUCCCUUUUUUGAAGUUAUCUGUCUAGGAAGUCCACGAUUGUUCGAUUACUCUACAGAUUGUAUGACAUUGAUUCGGGCACCAUUUCUAUCAAUGGAAAGGUGAAAACCUUUGAUAAUCUUCUAAAUAGUUUGAAAGAUCAUCUUGGUUUAUCGAAAAACAAAAACUGUCCAUAUUGUAGAAAAUAGAAGAUCUGACACUGAACUCAUUGCGCCAAAAUGUGAGCGUCGUCCCACAGGUUUGCUCUUUUUGUUUAUAAUUCGGUUUUCUCCGAGGGCGCGCCGUAGCGGAACAGGUUGUAAGCCUGUCUAUGACCCACAGGGUCGCAAGUUCGAUCCCCGUCUUGACCCGACCAAGGGGUUUAAGAAGUGUUGGUAGUGGGAAACCACGAUUUUAAAAUCCCCAGCUGUAACCCACAAGGACGGAUAUGUCGCUCGAGCCAGUCCACUGAUUAUCAUUGAUAUCAGGAUAAGACCUCGGCUGAUCGACUGGCGGCGCCGAUGCCGCUCAAACGGUACAAAGGCGUAGGAAGUAGAAUAAGUAAGAAAAAGAUUGGUCGAAAUGUUGUGUUAAAAAUUUUGGUCGAAAAAAGGAUCGAUCAAAAUGUUAUGCUCAAAUUAUUGGUCGAAAUAAUGACUGAUCGAAAUGUUGUAUUGAAAAUAUUGGUCGAAAAAAUGAUUGAUCGAAAUGUUGUAUUGAAAAUAUUGGUCGAAAAAAUGAUUGGUCGAAAUGUUGUGUUAAAAAUUUUGGUCGAAAAAAUGAUUGGUCGAAAUGUUGUGUUAAAAAUUUUGGUCGAAAAAAGGAUCGAUCAAAAUGUUAUGCUCAAAUUAUUGGUCGAAAUAAUGACUGAUCGGAAUGUUGUAUUGAAAAUAUUGGUCGAAAAAAUGAUUGAUCGAAAUGUUGUAUUGAAAAUAUUGGUCGAAAAAAUGAUUGGUCGAAAUGUUGUGUUAAAAAUUUUGGUCGAAAAAAUGAUUGGUCGAAAUGUUGUGUUAAAAAUUUUGGUCGAAAAAAUGAUCGAUCAAAAUGUUAUGCUCAAAUUAUUGGUCGAAAUAAUGACUGAUCGGAAUGUUGUAUUGAAAAUAUUGGUCGAAAAAAUGAUUGAUCGAAAUGUUGUAUUGAAAAUAUUGGUCGAAAAAAUGAUUGGUCGAAAUGUUGUGUUAAAAAUUUUGGUCGAAAAAAUGAUCGAUCAAAAUGUUAUGCUCAAAUUAUUGGUCGAAAUAAUGACUGAUCGGAAUGUUGUAUUGAAAAAUAUUGAUCGAAAUGAAUUUUUGUUAAGAAGUAUGUUUGAAACUAUUGUUUAAAACCCGCUUCGCUUUCAAAUGUUCAUCAGAAUUUCUUUUUUGAUUUUUCGUAAUGAAAUAUCAUCAUUUUUUUUCUGUUUCUCUGUGUUCACUGGUACUUAAAGCAAACAUUUAUAAAAAUGCUAUAUAGACUAUAACAAAUAAGUUCAAGAAAAUCGCAAAAAUUUUAAUUUGUCGGAAAAAAAGAAAAUAUUUUCACCUUGUUAUAGGUCAUUCCGCGCCAGCUUGUCACGAUUUCCAGUUUAUUUGGAGCUAGAGUAGCCUUUUUCGGCGCUUCGCUUCGAUGCUCUCGGUGUGCCCCUUGCGUGCGCCUUUAAUAAAACUAAUUAUUUCCGAAUUUUUAGAAUUUUUCUUAUUUUACAAAAAAACAGUUGUAACAUUAAAUUUUAUAUUAAACUAACCCAAAAAAAUAAUAUGCAAAAAAAGCUCGAACAGUCGGUUUCAUUAAUAACAAUCAAAAUUAUUAAAUUAAUCUUUUUGAUUUUCUUUUUUUCACAAAUCCAGCACAGAAUCUGAGUGUGUAUAGUUGAAGCGAAAAAUGAAAUCAAUCCAUUGAAAAAACCUCGUAAAUUAAUAAAAGAGAUAGCGGAAAUUGAAGCAAUAUCUUGAUCAGAAAUAAUGUUUUAUUAAAGGCGCACGCAGGGGGGAACACCGAGAGCAUCGAAGCAAAGCCCAGAAAGGGGUUCUGUAGCUCCGAGGAAAAUUAAAAUCGUGACAAGCUGGCGCGGAAUGACCUAUACUAGUACUCCGAAAACCUGCCCCGUGUGAGCGAUCUGUUUUGAAAAUCGAUCGCUCGGAAUUUCGAUCGAUCAAAAUGUUAUGCUCAAAAUGUUGGUCGAAAAAAUGAUCGGUCGAAAUGUUGUAUUGGAAAUGUUGGUCGAAAUAAUGAUUAGUCGAAAUGUUGUAUUAAAUGUAUUGGUCGAAAUAAUGAUUGAUCAAAAUGUUAUACUAAAAAUUUCUCUCGAAAUGUCGAUCUAUCAAAACGUUAAAAUCCAAUGAUUGAUCAUUAAUGUAAGAUAUCAAAAACUGACCUGAUAAACGAUCUCUCAAAAAAUGACAUGCUAAAAUUUGGUUGAACAGGGACAUGUCAAUAGUUUGAUCAAUUGAAAUGGUUGAAUGAUCGGUUUGGUGAACUCUCCUGCAUUGACCUUUGUUUUACUUGUUUUUUUUUUAUUAACUUGAAAUAUAGCAAAAGAAUAGAAAAUUUGAGAGAAGAUAGUAACCACGGCUCUGGUGCUAUAAACAUUUUUUGAUGAUUAAAGGCUGUAAAAUUAAAUCCUCGAGUUUCACGGUAGGUGCCGGUUGCUAGUUUAUGCUUAUAGUUUUUUUUCAAAAACCUUAAACCUGAUAGAUAAUUACAAAUUAUUUCGGGAAAAAUCAAACGAAAACAGGACGCGGAUUGUUUCAACAAUGUUGGCCAAUCAUAAAUUGGAAUGGUCUGGCUUUUAAAUAUUUGACUCAUUUCUCAAAUUAUUUGGAAGCAAACGGAAAUUUUCGUGAGAAGGCACACAUCUUCAGUUUAAUUUUUUUAUGUAAUUUGUUUAAAUGAUAAAAUUGAAAAAAAGUAAGAUAAAAAAAUUAAUUCGCAAAAAAUUUUUCAAAAAAAUCGAGACUUUUCGAGUUCGAACAAUGUAAGAAUUUUUUUGAUUAAACUUUUUUUCAAACAUUGAAUGAAUUUUCGUUCCGAUCAAACGUUCGAUUUCGAAAUGUCAAUCAAAGGUCGGUUUCAAUAAAAGUUUGAAAAAUAUUUGGUUGAACGUUCGUUCAAACGUUUGGUUUUGAGAACCCUAUUUGGCACGUAGCCGCUCUCUUUUCUCAUCUAUCUUUUUUUUUUUUUCGCAGAGGAUUUUUCCACCCCCUACUAAUUGCGAGCUCGCGCCCAGAAAAAUGCGAGACCGGCGCGAGAAAAAAAAAGCGAGAUAUUUGCGAGCACGUCAAUGUACCGCCAGUGUCUCGCGUUUAUCUCGGCAGUUAUUCUUAGUGGGUCUCUAGUUCGACCUCCCAAGUUUCAGGAUUCGGUUUUGUUCCACGACUCCAUCUUUUACAACUUGGCCUACGGCAAAACUUCUUCUUCUCGUGAACAAGUUUACGCCGCGGCGCGUAUGGCCGACUUGCAUACGUCUGUUGAACAGAUGCCCAAUGUAUAGUUUCAUUUUUGCCACUUCGUCUAUUUCUUUCUCAAAUCUCCCAGCGAUUCAUUGAAAAUUCAUCAAAGAAAAGCAGAACACCACUUUUUUUCUCCUAAUUCAGUCUAAUCUGCGUUCCAAAUUGUUCAAAUAGAAUUAUUAGAGAAAACUAUGCUGUCUUAAUAGUUAUGAAAUCAAAAGUGGCAAAUAGUGCAACGAUUGCAGUUGAAAAGGGAAUAGUUUUUGUUUUAAAAGUAUGUAGUAAGUGAAGUUCAGAGCUACGAAACAAUCGUUGGCGAGAGAGGGUUGAAACUUUCAGGAGGUGAAAAACAACGGGUCGCCAUCGCCAGAGCCAUUCUCAAGGUUUUCAGAGUUUUUUCAUUUUGCCACGAAACUUUCCGUCAGCCACCUUUCCGACUUAUCCUUUUCCUACUUUUCCCCCUUUAUUUUUCGGUUUAUAAAACAUCUAUUUAAUUUUUUUUUUCUAUUUUUUGUGUUUUAAUCAGGAAUCAACUAGCUACUUUAAAUAGGAAGAUUCAAAAAGAAGAAUUUUUCUAGAAAAGCGUCGGAAAAUGUUUAGUCGAAAACUGCUCCUUCGGAAAGUUCACUAGCGAUAUGAAAAAAUCGGAUAAUUGGGCGUUCUGAAUUUCGCUGGUCUUUUUUUCAUACCACCUCUUAUUCGGCGUGCAAACUUUGAAGCUUCCAAACUCGAAAACAAGAUCUAUUGAGAGGAGUUAUGUUUGUGCUCUGGAAAGAUGAAUUCUUAUAGUACAUUUCAGCAAAUUUUCAUCGAAAGUUCAACCGGCUAACAAAAAAACUUUCCUUGUAAAGCUUCAAAUCUGUUCUCUCAGGACGCCCCGCUUGUGGUUUACGACGAAGCAACGUCUUCGCUUGACGCCAUAACUGAGGCCAACAUCAUGAGAGCACUCAAAGGAGCCGUCAAUCAAAAGUUGGAUUCGUUCAGUUCGAUUAAAAGUUGCAAUUGUUUUAGAACAUCUCUUUUCAUCGCCCACCGUUUGGCGACCAUUGUUGACGCAGACAUUAUUUAUGUACUGGAGGUAGAUAUUUCGGUUUUUCCUUUAAUUCAUACCGAAUCAUUUUCUCAGGAAGGCCGAGUGGCGGAGUCAGGUUCUCACAGCGAACUUCUCGCUCAGAACGGCCUUUAUGCGGAACUAUGGCGCUCUCAAAACGUCCAUGGCAGUCUGGUUCCUGUGAGUUUUUUGUUUUACACAAAGAUUGAGGAUUUUCAAAAAAACUUACAUUUGAAAACACCGAAUGUAAUUUUUUCCCGUGUCUUGCCUUCUAGUCGAGUUAGCGUUGAAGUUGAUAUCAUUGCAGUAGAGAGAAGAUGCUUUUUUUUCGUUUUUGAGGCCCCAUAACUCGACUAAAAAGCGAAAAGGUUUUGUUAGAAUCAAGGCACUGCAGAGUACAUCUCAGCAGGUUUCCAAAAAUAUCUCGAAGCCGGACUAUUUCUUGUUGAAGUUGAACGGAGUUUUUUCCAGCCCAAAAAGGACAAGAGCGAGAAUGAAUCGUUGAUGUUGGAACUGGACCUCGAUAAAUGCUGUGGAAGUUCGAGCUGCAACCGUUGAUCCUUGCAGACAUCUAUGAGUAACUAAGUCGAGCUAGACGUUUAUUUUAGAGUUCUUCAUCUAUUCCUUUUGAUUCUAUUUUCAGUGUCUUGUUGUUUUUCAUUUUUUUUUGUUGUAUUCAUCAAAUGUACGUAUCCUCUUGUCUUACCAGCGAAAUGAGUUUUUGCGCAAUUCUUGCUGUUUCUAUCUCUCCAGAGGAGAUAUUUCACUGUGGCCUUUUAGAAUCCUUCACUUUAGUUCCAUCUUAUCAAACGGGUUUUAUACACGUACUUCUCAUACGACGUGUCUUUCCCUUUUGCCCUCAUAUUUUUUAAGAACCCGGUUUUUUUUUCGUGAAAAAGGGUUUUUUGAAUCUUCAGAAAACUUAUAAGCGAUUUUCAUUACACUUAGGUAUUGUUCAUCCUCUAAUUGCUUUUUAACUCAUAUUAUUAACAUUACUUCGUUGAUAUUUUUCUGUCUUAAUCAUUGUUAUCAAUAUAUUUCUAUUUCAGUUUGCUUUUUCUUCGUUGUUGGUCUGUUGAAUGAAGUUUACAAUAGUUAGCCAAAAUUUUUCUUUUUGGUCGGGUUUGUCACCCAGAAAACUUAUCUAUCAGUAAUAAAAUUCCCUAAUUUUUCGGCAAGGUAUUAUUUAAAUCACAUUAUGUUAACCUUAAAAGUUAGCUUUGAUUUUUUUCUGUUGUUCAAGACUUUGCUCCGGGCGGCUAUGAUGUUUUUUUCUAAGUUCAGAAUGACUUUCCUAAGAAUGGCGUUCAGAAAAAGUAUAUCCUGAAAGAAAAUUAAAGAACGGCCAAUUUUCAUAAGUACGAUUUCCUCUUUUCUAAACUUUGAGUGGACAACGAUAUUUUGGUACUUUCUCCAUUUGUCUGUGGAAUUUUCGAACGGCGAACUUUCCGGUUUUUCCAUAUUGCUAGAGAAUUUUCCGACGGCAACUUUUUUGACUAAUUCCUUUCCGACUAUUUUCUCUCAUAUUUUUAGGUUUAUAAUUGAUAUAUUAACAUUGUUUCCAUUAGGCGCAGACUUGUUCUGCUCCAUUUGGGCUCAGGCUGAGUUGGAGCAAAAAAAGGGCGUUAUGAUUUUUCUUUGUGUUUUGAUCAUUAAACAACCACCUAUUUUAUACUACUGCGUUCAAAGAUAGUUUGAUGCGCGUUGAGAAAAUUUUUUUCCGGUUCAAAAGCACGAGCCAAAAAAAAUCCUCUGAAGAGAUAUCAAUAGCAAGAAUUGCGCAAAAACUUGACGUGAUUGGUUGGCCCAUUUGCAAAAAGGUGGAGCCGUCCAAUCACGCUGUGAGAACCUGCUGCGUUUCGCCUCGUGCCGUGGAACCACAAAAACUUUCUCAACGCGCGUGAAAUUAGCUUUGAACGCGGCAUAUAGGAAGGUUCAAAUCAAAAAGUUUAUCGAGAUUCCGUGUAUUUUCUUCACUCGAAGUGGUAGCUAUCUCAACCGGCCGAGGCUACCCUAGAGUGUACACGGCGUCCGUGCCCGAGCCCCAUCAUCACCGCCGUGCCUGUACCCGCGAAACUGAGGGAUCUACUUGUGGAAGAACGAGGCGAAAUACCGUAAGACCAUGCUUUCAAUUCAAUCGACUACACGUUUUGAGUUCUUUUUCGCCAAAGGCGGUGUUAGUGCCGCUCAAAAGAGCAAUUUUUUCACCGCCUAGUCGAUUCCAUCGGACUAAAACAACCAAUAAAUAUUGAUGAUGAUGAGGAUGAUUGAUGAGAAAAAAAGAAGUCGCAAAACGAUUAGUCGGAAACUUCGCAGUCGGAAAGUUGCGCGUACGCGGUUCUUGGCACGAGUUCAAUUCAACCGCCAGCGACUAUUUACAGAACUCUUUUAUCGCACUUUUCUUUUCUUUUUUAAUUAUUCGUUAAUUUUUGUCAUUUGCGCAUCAAAAAAUUGUCGAUUUUAUACAAAAAGAGAGGUGACCGAGCUUUUUCGCCUGUGGCGUUUGAAAUUAACUCGUGCAAAAACCGCGUACGCACAAGCUACGCGUCCCGCCCACUUUUCCGCCUCCCCUGCCUUUCAAAUCGGGAUGAACUGACUAUAAUAACCCUUUUCCCAGUUUCGAUUAUGUCGGGCUGCUUCGACCAGAUACACUGCAACUGCAACUUUGACUUCGAAGGACGAAGGUUUGGUUCACAUUUUGUGAGAUUCAAAUUGGGCGGAUUCCAGAAACGCCGUCGCCUCGAUCACCGCUUCUUUUCUUUUCUUCGCAGCCUGGUGGCUGAUGAUCGACACUGCCGCCGUGUAUGGCAAGGUUUUAUAUCAGCUUUGAACUUUGUGAUUACAUGAGUAAAUGAUCCUCACGUUGCCAACCGUUUUGAAAUGAGCUAAAGAGCGAUAGACCAGAAAAAAAGGUUUGAACCAUCUUCCGCCGUGUCAUAUUAUGACACGAAAGUCCGAUCCUGUCCGGCGCACUGAGCCGCGGAGAAGCGGAAAAUUAUCUGGUCUUUGGGAGUAAGUUAAUAACUAAAGAAACUUGAACCAGAACUCGAAUUAGUUAUAUGAGAUUCUGAAUUUGAACCAGUUAUAAAAUUCCUUUUCGCCGUAAAUUUAUGAGGAUACAUUUCAAGGAUGACUGGAAACAGGUCUACUUCGUCAUCACCGUCGCCAGUACAAUCGCCUUAUUCAUGGUUAGUUUUCUUUUCUUUUUUCUCGAAAAACUUGUUCCUCAUUUUUAAGGAGCGGAUUUUCAGGUGAAUGCGGUUUCUAACAGCCAAGUUCGCGGUGAAAGUCUUCACGAAGGGAUUCUUGGAACGAAAGGUGAACUAGAAAUUUUCUGAAAGUUUGGAGAGCAUAGGGCGAAAAUAUUCAUUUGAAUUGGGAAGGAUAUUACUUUCCAUGGCUUGAGAACUAGGAAGAAUUUUACUUUCCAUGACUUGUGCUCAAUGAAGAUAGGACCCCUCAAUCGAUUUCGGACUUUUUUGGUUAUUUUAGAACAGAAAUCUGUAAGUACCAUUCGAUUUAGCGUACAAACGUAUGAAAUCAAAGUUUCAUCAUCCCAACACUUCUCUUAGUGGUACUCCAUCCAAAAUCGGUUUUUUGGCAUCCAAUGAUAGGACCACCUGGAAAUUUUGAUAGUUUUUGAAGUUGUUUGCCUGUUUUCUAUAUUAAAAACGGAUCUUUCUUCUUCAUAUCAUUCAAGCCUCAGUUUCCAACGCGCUUGCAGAAAUUUUUGUUCUUCGUAACGCCGUUCGGCGUUUUUGUUAGUGGAAGAAAAUGCAAAACCAAAAUUAAGGGGGCGUGGUCAAAAUCUCAGCCGUUCCCAUGUGACGUCAUGAAAAUACGCGUAAACAACGGAAAUACUAAAGACGCAUCAAUGGGUCCCGAGACGAAUCCUGUUCUCAUAAAAAAAAAAACGCGAUUUUUCUGCUUUUUUUUGUUUUAAAACACAUGCGGUGUUCAGAGUAAUUUCGCGAAAUUCAAAAUAGCCGCCAAAGAAUGAAAAAUAUACCUGAUUUAAUAAAUUUAGAUAUGAUUUUGAAUUUCGCGAGAAUUACUUUAAACGCGGCGUGUUCCAGGGCGCCGCGUGUAUGCACACGACAUACUACAUUUUACGAAAAAAAAAAAAAUUUGGAUGGGACGUCGCCAAAAAAAAAACGCCGUGAUAUGCGAAAUCAAAAAUGAAAGGGCGGAGUCAAAACCUUUGCCGUCCCCACGUAACGUCAGGGAAACGAGCAUGAACAAAAGGGAGUAUUAAAUGCGCAUGUUCGAUGGGUCAUGAGACGAAUCGAUUACUCAUUUGAAGAAACGAGAUUUUCCCGUGUUCAAAGUUAUUCCGCGAAAUCCAAAAUAGCCGCCAGAGAGUGAAAAAUAUAACUGAAUUCCGGAAAUUGAUUUUGAAUUUUGGGAAAAUUACACACUCCACUUUACGGGAAAGAUAGGGGAGAGGCGUCGUAAAAAAACGCCGUGUCUUGUCGUAGCACCGAUUUCAAAUCAAAUCAAAUCAAAUGUUUCAUUUCUCACACACAAGUACUAAAUUUCACGAAAUAGAUGUAGGGAGAGUUUGGGAACAUAUGUGUCGGAACUUGUGGUGAUGGAGGGAAGAGGACUCGCGGUCGUGUUAACCCCCCACUUGAGUAAAUUGGAAUAACCAUGAAGUUAUUCUUUUAGAUGUCGAUUAUGUAGCUUUCAUAUUUUUGUUGGAUCAAGAGUGUUUAGUUCUGUAAUGUUGUUUUCAAACCAUUUCUCAAGUUUAGAUCUGAACUUAUUUUUUUCAUACUCAAAUACUAUGUUUCUAUCCAUGUGAUUCCAAUGAUUGUAAACUCUUUGAUUGAUGAACCGGUAGUGUAUGUCAGAAAGUAGAGGCCGCUCUAUUUUGAGACCAUUUCCUCGCAGUUGAUUCAAUCUACUUGUUGUAUUUUGUAAAGGGAUUGGAGAUGGGCACCAAUAGUAUCCGUGAAUGAAAUUGUGAGCAGCAGUUAUGUCUUUCUUUAAACGUCUUUGCCAAAGGGUGUUUAGUCCGAGACGUUGAAGUCUUUCCUUGUAAUUCAUUUUAGGGAAAAGUCUUUUAGUAAACUUCCUUUGAACUGAUUCCAAUCUAUCGAUAUCUGUUCUUGUUAGAGGACAGAAAAGUUCUGACCCAUAUUCAAGAACAGGUAAAAUCUUCAACUUGUAGCAGUUCAUGAAGUUAGUGUGCGAGAAGGUAAAACAUCUAAAAAGAUUAUUCACGAUUUUCAUACAUUUUUUCACAAUAACAUUCACGUGGCCACUCAUUUUCAAAUUAGAACUGAAAUGCACGCCCAGAUCUCUGAUGAAUACAUCUGUUGGAAUUUUUGAGCCAUUUAUUGUGUAAGAAGGGUUCUCAGUAUUGGAUUUACCAUAUCUGACAUGUAUACUCUUUGAGCUCGAAAGGACAAGCUGUCUAUCUGCUAGCCAGUUAUGAAUAGAGUUUAGAUCUUCCUGAAGCUUAUUUUCGAAAUUUUCUAUUUUCGAGCUUAUCAUUAAUUUACAAUCGUCGGCAUAUGUUAACAGUUCGCUGUGUUUGACUACUUUAUCGAUAUCAUUGAUGUAAAGUAGAAAAAACAAAGGACCCAAACAUAGAGACCGCAGAGCCACGCCCCUUUUUGCGAUGGUGAAAUGCACUGGUUUUUUAGAUUUCGUGUUUGAUGUUUUCGUAAAAGCGCAAUACUGAAUCAAACACAGAGAAAUUUGGUGGAAACAUAGAGAAAACCUUCCUCUUCAAUCUCAUAUACUUUUCAUCCGAUUUUCAAAGCGUUUUAGCGGAGCGUCGUACAAAAAACCAAAACUACUUUUUUUCUUCGGGUUUUUAACCUAGUUCCAUGUCGUUGGCGCCUUUUUUUAUUUUCGAAUUCGAUUCUUAAGUGAAAAACAAAUCUUUUAAGACAAAAAAAUUAAAAUUUUUACGGUGCCUAAUCUUCGUGAGGCCGCGCAAAGUUGAAAAUGUUGUACUCGCUUUCGAGAGCGUGUAAGUAAACAAUUUUUUUAUUUUAACUUGUGGAUUAAAUUGUAACUAAAAAUUUUAUUAAUAUAAAACUUAUUCCGAAAAACUUUGUUUUCUGAGAAAAAAAGACAGUGAAAAAUUUCGAAAUUCAUUUUUAACAUGGUCAGAUGUCGUUGGCGCCUUUUUUUAUUUCUUAAAUAUUAGCGUAUUUCAAUUUUCAAUCAAUUAAAAAAAUAAAAUAAAAAUUUUAGCGGUGCCUAAAAGUUUAAUCAGUGUUAGUUUGAAGCCAACGUUAAAAUAAGAAAAAAACACCGAAAACGGAACUGAAUCUCUAUGAAUAAAUUAUUUUUAGGUGCUCCGAACACACGUGACUAAUAAUUGUUCAACUAUCAUAACUUUUUUUAAAACAAAACAGACGGUAAAUGCUGUACUUUGAGGUGAAGUGGUGUAUAGCGCGAACGCCUCCCAUCCCCGAGGGAUGGACGUGGAGCAGCGCAAGUGCCCUUGCAUACAGUUUUGAUAUCGCGAGUUCAAUCCUCGCAGCGGCCAUUUUUUUAUUUUUUUUCAAGAAAAAAAUAGCUUUUUCUUUUUCAAACUUGUGGUUUUUAUACUGUUUUUAAUGACUUAUUACGACUUUGAAAAACCAAACUAAACUACUAAAAAAAAUUUAUAUCCGAUAUGAAAAACAAAAUGAACCACCAAAAGUGUAAAAAUCUAAACUUUCAGUACUAAAUUUCGCGACUUUUUUUCACUACUGUUUUGACCAUAACUUUUUUUUUUCUCAACCUUUUUCGAAAAACUGAACUGUUUUGAAUAGUAAAUUAGAGCAGCUAUCCAACCAUAGUAAUAUUGAAGUUCGAAAAAUUUUUUGAAAAUUCGUCUGCGGUCCCUACCCAAACAACUACCCUGUGGUACACCCGAAAGUACGGGAAUUUCAUCGGAUAGAGCUUCAUUUAUGCGUACCAUUUGAGUACGUCCAAUGAGAUAGCUCUGAAACCAGGAGUAGCCGACCAUUGCAACCAUAGGAUUCCAGUAAGCUCAACAUUCUUCGAUGUGUUACGGAAUCAAAGGCUUUACUUAUAUCCAGAUAAAUUACGUCAACUAUGGCUUUUUCAUAUACGUUUUGAAUCAAAUAUUUUUGCUUUUGAAGCAAUUGCGAAACGGUAUUUCUGUUGUUCAAAAAUCCGUAUUGGGCUUUGGAUAUUAUGUUUGUUCCAAAGAUGAUUUCUUAAACUUCUAACGAUAAUGGAUUCGAGUACUCUGCAUGGGACACAUGUUAAACUGACAGGUCUGUAGUUUUGAGGCUCACUAAGGCUUCCUUUCUUAUAUAUAGGUCGAACUAUUGAUUUUUUCCAUAAACUGGGCAAGCAUGAGGUAUCCAAUGAUUUUUUUGGAAAAUCAUUGAUAAAAGGUAGUGCCAAAGGGGCCGCUAGUUUUUGUAUUAUGAUAUUAGACAAUUUAUCCGGACCGGCAGAAUGUAAAGGUCUAAGCUUCUUCAAACAUUCGUAUACGAUAUAUGGCUCAACAUUUAUUUCUUCCAUACUUCUAACCGAGCUCGUAUUAUUUAUGAAUGGUCUCUCAUCGUCUUUAGUAAAAACUGAACAGAAGAAAUCAUUAAAAGCCUGAGCUUUCUCAUUAUCAUCGUUGGUGCAUCCAUUUUUAGUCUGCAUGAAAGGCGGAUCAACGAAUAUGGUGGUCUUAUUUCUAAUAUAAUUCCAGAACUUCUUGCUGUUUGGUCCUUUAUCGAUAGCUUUCUCUUCUUCUUUAAUUCUAAAAUCUUUGAUAGCUUUCCGGUAUUUCCACCAAUUUGUUUUAUAGGUCGAUAAGUCUUCGGAUUUAUUCGAUUUUUUAUAUUUUAUGUAGGAAUUUUCAGAGUAUCUCUUCAAUUUCAUUAUCUCGGAUGGAAGAUUAGACUUUUUGAUAGUUUUCUUGGGUAUAAAUUGAUCAAUUAGUGGCAAAGUUAUAUUCAAAAAAGUGCUGUACAUUUUGUCAGCUGUGUCACAUGUACUAAAACGAUAAUUCCAAUCAAUCCAAGCCAAUCUUUGUCCUAAAGAUUCAAAAUUUGCCUCUGAAUAAUCAUUUACAGUAAAAAUGCUUCUCGAUGUUAAUUUUUUUGGAUUAUUUAUGUUCACUUUGCAAGUUACUGUUGAGUGAUCAGAUAAAGGCUUUUCAAUUUUUAUAUUUUCCACCAUAUUUUUCUUAGACGUGAAAAUUAGAUCCAAAAUAUUGUUUCCACGAGUACUCUGCUUUACCUUCUGCGAGAAACCCUUAUCACACAUUAUAUCAACAAAACUGCUACUCACAGAAUCAGUCGACUUCAGUGUAUUCCAAUUUAUUUGUGGGAAAUUGAAAUCACCCACAAUUAUGUGCUGCCCAUCUCCAACUUUUUUGUUUAUAGUUUCCAACAAGUUUGUGAACUCAACUGUGAAUCGAGGGUCCCAACCAGGCGGCCUGUAAACUGAUGUUAGAUACCAUGGAUUUUGCAUUUUCGAAUCUGCUAUUCUUAUUGUUAAUGCUUCAAUGGAUUUUGACACGUGUCGGUUCAUUUCUUGACAAUUGAAAGAUGUGGCACAUAGUGUUAAAAGACCUCCUCCUUUUCUAUUGUUCCUACAAACGUAGAAACUCUGAAAACCCUUAAAAUGCGUCAAUAGGUUUAGGUCAUCUUGUUCUGAAAGCCAGGUUUCACAAAAAACAUAAAAACUCGAAAAUUUUGGCUGGCACUCAAAAUCCAAUAUAGGUCAUUCCGCGCCAGCUUGUCACGAUUUUAAAUUUCCUCAAAGCUAGAGAGCCCAUUUCGGCGCUUCGCUUCGAUGCUCUCGGUGUGCCCUCUUGCGUGCGCCUUUAAUAAAACAUUAUUUCUGAUUAAGAUAUUGCUUCAAUCUUCUCUAUCUCUUUUAUUAAUUUACGAGGUUGUUUUUAAUGGAUUGAUUUCAUUUUUCGCUUUAACUAUACACACUCAGAUUCUGUGCUGGAUUUGUAAAAAAAAAGAUAAUCAAAAAGAUUGAAUUAUUAUUUUUUAAUUGUUAUUAAGGAAACCGACUGUUCGAGAUUUUCUUGCAUAUAAUUUUUGGGUUAGUUUGAUAUUAAAUUUGAUGUUACAACUGUUUAUGUAGAGUAUGAAAAUUCCAAAAUUCGGAAAUAAUGAGUUUUAUUAAAGGCGCACGUAAGAGGGCACACCGAGAGCAUCGAAGCGAAGCGCCGAAAUGGGCUCUCUAGCUUUGAGGAAAUUUGAAAUCGUGACAAGCUGGCGCGGAAUGACCUAUAUAUUCUUUUCUGAAAGAAAAAUAGAAAUUCAAAGGGUAGUUUCAAAAUGAAUUCUCACAGGAAAAUUUCUGGGGAGAAGCAGGUUUAGCAGAUCGUUGGUAGUUUACAAAAUAAGAAAAUAAUGAUGAAUUGCUACGUAUUGUUUUCCACCCAUUGAAAAGAGAUUUUUGAGGGUCUCGUCUCUGGCUGAUGGCGGCUUUUGUGAUGUCGUUCGCCUCGCUCGUCGCGGCGACGUGGGUGCUGUUCAGCGACUACGUACUUCAACAGGGCGAUCACCCCGUCUGGCCUGGUGUCGCUCUUUUUCUCACCAACUUGAUUAUCUUCACCUCUUCCUGCGUCUACAAGUUCGGUCGCACCGAGGAGAUGUGGGGCUGA